AUGUCGCUCAGCAACAGCGAGAGCUUCAUCGAGCGUGUUUCAAGCUCCUCGGAUGCCGACGAGAUCGACUCGCUCCCCUCCUCCGCGACGAGCUCCUCAGCAGACGAGGAAGAAUAUCUCUCAGAUGCGGAAAGAGAAUGGAGAGAGUCGCUACAGCAAAUGGAGUUGCUGUUGACCAUGGUCAUGGUGCCGUAUCUGGGAAAAUACUUUGGCAGGAAAUGCGCAUAUUGGGGGUGGGCAAAGUAUAUGAUGUGGAAAUACCCCGUCGAGAUUGUUGUCACAAGUCCAGGGGCAUUCAAGGCGGCAGGAGCUAUCGAGGCGGCGGCGACAUUAUAA